CGACACAUAACACAUGCUGCUGCCGUCACCCCCGCCGCAGCAGCGCCCUUCACAACUGAACGCUCCUCCAAAGCAAGCCGCCCGGUGCCUCCGUGUCCUGGUCUUGACCAUGCACAUCAUUGUGGCUAUGUACUUGGUCAUGUGGGCAACGUUGCUUCAAACUGCGCUGGAUGCUGAUCUUGUUUCUGUCCGAGUGUACCAACCUUUGGUGACGUCGGUGGUAUACGUUAUCACUGCUACGCUUCAUCUCUACGCUGUGUAUUCCGUGGUUGUUUCCGAGUGCAAGCAACGCCCCUUGAGCCAAAAAGUAGGGCCCUCCAUUGACGCCAUAGCCCCCCAGUCAAGAAUCGCUUUCUUUGACCUGGACAACUGGUACGACCACUCGAUCAUCCUUUUCAACUUGAUCGAGAUUGCGUGCGCAAGUACCCAAGCAACCACCAUGUUUCGCACGAUCGUCGAGCCAGCCAAAGUUGUCUCGUACGCUAUCGUGGUGGUGCUGUACAUUGUGCUGUCGCCCCUGAUUCUAUUUGUCCGCAACACCCAGGCGAAAACGUCCCUGGUGAACGUCGCCGACUCCAUUUUGAGCUUCACGCUGUCUUGUGGCCACCCAUUUGCUGCUGUGGUGUUUCAACUGUCGGACUAUGUGCUUGUGCAUCCCGCCCUCGAACACGACAAUCUGUGGUCCACCCAAACGCUGGUCUUGACUCGGCAACUCUUGCCGUCGACGUUUGUCCACCUUUGCUCGAUCUUGGGGCUUCACGUAGGUACCUACCUUGCCCUUCGCCGUGUCAUGAACACUUCGCACCAUAUCCACUUGGCGCUGACUGCCGUGACCGAGAAGAAGCCCCCCGUCGCCCCCGUCACCCGCACCCGAACUGCCCGGGUCAAGCAAACGCUUCACUUGUUGGUCCAUGCGAGCAGGUCUUCUCUACAGGAUCAACUCAAACUCAGCCGAAAAAAGCGACUCCUUCUACGCGUCAACUUGGUCGUCAAUAUGACGUUGGGCAUGGCGUCCAUUGUUGUCAUCACUCGGUCGAUGGUCCGACGCACACACUGCCCAGAGUAUUGCCGCGCUUACAGCCGCCCAUUGUUCGACCUGUCCUGUCAUUGCGCAUACGUGGAAGUGAAUUGCGUUCUGCAAGGUAUUGUCGACCCGUUGCCGCUGCUCGACCCUGCCAUCGUUGGAACCAACGCCUUGUACAUGGAAAUCAGUCGCUGCGACCUCUCGUCCGGCCUUCCCGCUGCGUCCCUGGCCCCGUUCCAGGAUCUGAGCAAGCUCUUGAUCUUGUAUUCCAACAUGACAUCGUGGGACGAACCGUUGCCUCCAGGCGUGAACCACGUCAUCGUUCGACGCAGUCGAUUGCAGUCGGUUCCGUCAGCCCUCGGUGGACCCAUUUCCCCGUCCCUCGUGUCCAUUUUCAUUGAGCACUGUGACCUGCACGAGGUUUCAGAGCGUGUGAUGCAGUCAUGGAGAAAUGUGCGCCAACUGCACUUGGUCAACGUAAGCUUGCAGGACGUCCCCGCGGCACUUUUGGAGCUGCUACAUUUGGAAGAGUUGAAUUUACAAAGCAAUCGAAUCGCCACCUUGCCAAGUCCGUGGUUGGUUGAUGAUAGUGCUAAGGUUACGUCGUCGGCGUUGCGGCUGGUUCUAUUGGGCGGCAAUCGAUUGGUACAAGUGCCUUGGGCGCUGGCCAAACAUUCGGCAGUGGUAGACCUCAGCGGCAACCCCAUCCCCCCCUCCACGACCUCUUUAUCGGACAUGGCGUCGUUGCUCGAAGCUAGACGAGUGAUCCUCGACGGAACACCCUUCUGCACUGCUACGCCAACAACCUACUGCAAACCGCUUUGCGCGCCGUAUUGUUUUGCCACCAUGCCUGGCGACAACUACUGCAACUUGGAAUGCCAUUCACCGUCCUGUAAGUUUGAUGUAGGCGAUUGCGAUAGGUUCGGGUUUAGUCGAAACCAAUGAACGUGCCCGAGGUGUUAAUAUGCAUCUACAGCUAAUGCCUGUCAACCGUUGCGUUCACCUUCAAUACAACAACAUGCA